AACGUAUCGUAUUAUGAUGUCAUAAUAUUUUUUAUCUAUGCAAAAAAAACGCUCGUGUAUAGACGUUGCUUUGUACUUGUAAAUUGUAAUGUUUUAUUUAUCUCGUUUCCUUUGCAUAGUUUUAUUUGUUUAAUCCUUAAAAGUAUUAGAUACAUGUAGGAGAAGAAAAUAUACACUAAUCCGAAAAUGUCUAAAAAUCAAGACAAAAAGUUGAGUGGGUCAUGUGUGGAGACUCCAGAGGCACCUGCCUGGCUUUCAAAAUUAGAAAGUCAAAGAGAAAAAUUAAGUAAAGCUCGACUUGGUCACGAUAGCGGCGCCGGUGCACCCUGUAACUCAUGUGGACCAUCAUGCCCUGGUCUAGACCUACAUUUUUGGAGGAAGGUCUGCCGUUCAUGUCAUUGCAGUAAAGAUGUCCAUGAUGUUCAAGAUGAUGACCUAUCAGGGUGGGCACAGUUUGAACUACUGGGCACUGCCAGACCUAAGAAGGCUUCAAUGCCCCUGAUUAAAAUUCGAGGUGUAACUGACAAGCCUGUGAAACUAGAUUGGGUGCCUCCAAAUGCUUCAACUGAGCUGGUAUCAGAGUAUAUGUCAUGUCUGGGCAACCUGGCCCCGGUGUCCGGUUCGGAGGCGGCUCGCAAGCGUCGUGCUCAGCUCAGGACACAGCUACCGCCGCACGAUGUCGCGCCUGCCGUACGACAACACGCUUCGGACUUCGAGAAGUCAGAACAUACUGAAUAUAUCACGCGCAUUAAGGACCAUGUCGUCGGUAUGGGCAAUGUCGUCAGGGUGGGCCCUCUACAAAAUGGCGAAAUAUACUCUGUAGAAAACAGUAAAGUACACGGUGCGACUAAAUCUUACGCUCUUCCCCUCAAAAUAUCCAACGUAUCCAGGGGUGUCAAAUACAACAUCGUACCUAAGAACGCGUCUGAUAAGAAGUUGGUCUUAGAUUCACAAGGAAAUGUCGUCAGCAGUGCCGCCAAUCUCCCAGACUACAAAUCUAGUCCUAUACUAAGUCGCAUCGUUAAAGACAAACUGCAUAUUAUGCGUAUCGAAUCAGACAGGAUCAAGAGCGCGGUAGAACACGGCCCCGUCUACGAUAAACUGUUCAAAAACCUAGAGGACUUGAAUAUGCCUGUUACUAAUGAUGUGUAUUUACAACCAAUCAAGUUGUUCCGCGAGGAGUACAACAGUAAUCCUCAGUUUAAAGAUGAAACAACUGAGUUCUCCAGCAAGUCCCUUGGAGCUCAAAUUAUGCCUGACUUGUGGUCCAACAGCAACAAUAAUAUUAUGGGUACUGCCAAACUCCUGGACAGCAGAAUUCAGAAAGGUACCAUUUUCGCUCCGAAUGGAGAGAUAUGGAGCUGGAAACAUGAGCCAGUCACUCCUGAACACAGUGGCAGUCUUCGUUCCACUAAGAUCAAUCCUCAGUACUCAACCGUUACUAAGCCUAUAAAUCAGGUAGAACCACAACAGACUGCGCCGUUGAGAGAGUACCUUAGAAGUCACUCUGAAGACGACCUUCCACCUCCGCCAUUGCCAAACUACAGCACAUAUCCAGGUGCUGUACCUCCAACUGCAGGAACAGAUUGGAAUAACCUACCAGUGGAUAAUGUUCACCCUAUUGGAGAGAGUGCCGACUAUUUAGCGCUUCCGCAAAAUUACACUGAAGGUACGGAUCAGGUCAUCGAUCAGCUCGCAGAUUUGUCUCUCAGUCCUGCUGAAGUAGAAUUUAACAGGAAGCUUUAUAAUGAGGGAGUGCCCUGCCAGCGAUGUAAUAAGUCCAUGUUUGCUGGUGAAGUUGCGGUCAAAGCCGAAAGGGCUGGUCACGAAGCCAUUUGGCAUCCACAAUGUUUCACGUGCAGCAAAUGUAAUGAGUUGCUGGCUGACCUUGUAUACUUCUUCUACAAAGGCGAGAUUUAUUGCGCCAGAGAUUUAGCUGAUGUUUUAGAAAUCCCGCGUUGUGCCGGAUGUGACGAACUGAUAUUUACCCGUCCGUACACAGCGGCGGAAGGAAGGGCGUUCCAUGUUCAACAUUUCUGUUGCUAUCACUGUGAUGCCCCGCUCGGUGGCAAAAAGUACGUCCCCGAUGAUAAGACUGGUCUCCCCAUAUGUUUGCAAUGUUACGAUCAGUUCUACGCUGAACGUUGUCGCGCCUGCAGUGGUGUUAUAGGGCCUGAGCAACAGGGGGUGUCCUGGGGCAACAUGCACUGGCACGCUGACUGCUUCAUGUGUUCUGGUCGGAUGUGCGGUAAAAGCUUACUGAGCGGACGAUUCGUCGUCAAACAGGAAAUGCCAUUUUGUAGUGUGGCAUGUGUUCAGAGCAGAAUUAAGUAAGAAGACUGUUUAUGGUAGCAAGUGAAAAGUUUACCUACUAUAUUUUUAUACAUGCCAUGAUAUUUAAUAUUUUUGUAUUCAAUAUAUUUGAAUAAGUAGAGAUACUUAAGUAUAUAAAUAUUUAAGGCACCAUAAAAUAAAAAACGACUUUAUUGGUCUCUCUACUCGAAAAGGAGUAAAAACUAUUUUUCGAAAGACUUAUUACCCUAUAUGAUGAAAUAUUGAAAUAGUGACUUGCUUAUCAAAGUUCCUUAUUUCGGGACCAAUUUAAAGUAGGUGAUUAUAGAAAUAGUUUUAUGUAAGCAUUCCAGUUGCUAUUUUCAGUGUGUUGCUAUUUUAUCAUAAGUAUAAUUUAUAAUUAGUUGUUUACAAACAUUUUUAGUAGGUAGACGUAUUUUUAUAAAUAAUUUAUUUUCAUGUUAUUUGAGUUAUAAAGUUUUUAGAUUAGUUUAAAACCGAGUGUAAGUUAGUCCUAUUAAUGUGAUAGUUGUAAAACAAAUGGCAGUCCAUGGUCAAUUCGAAACAUAUAUUAAAAGAAUAUUAUCAUCAUAGAAAUAUAUAUUAUUUAUAUUUAGUAUUAUUGGGUGCAACAGGAAUAAAGUGCCAUCGGUAUUAUUUUUGGAUGAUGUACA